AUGCAGCCAACAUGGGAACGACGUGAGCGACUGGGCAGCCGACAAGACGUGGACGUGGGCGAGUCCCUCGGCGCGACGCACAUCGUCGACCACGCACUCCCCAUCCCCGAGCUCCUCGCCGCGGUCUCCGCCGCCGCUUCGAGCGCGCCGGUGUCCUUCGCGUACGUCGCGAUCAGGAUGGAGGACACGCAGCGGCUCGCAUACGCCGUGCUCGGCGACCGCGGCGGCUUCGUCUCGGUGAUGCCGCGCGCGGGCCCCGAGGUCCUCGCGCCAGUGCAGAGGGAGGGCGACGGGAAGCCCGUCGCGCGGCCGUUCGCAAGCUUCCAGAUGCCGCCGAAUCAGGCACUGGGCGUCGGGGUGGACAAGCGGCUAACGGGGUGGCUCGCAGAUGGGACAGAGGAGCACGCGGACGAGGAGGUCGCGCCGACGACGGAGUACGCGCCAGGUGUCGAGCACUGCGAGCAGCUGCCCGCGCUUACGUGGUCGGAGUAA